AUGUUCUCCAAGCUUUUCACCAUCACUGCCCUGGCUUCGGCCGUCAGUGCCCACAUAACCAUGACCAACCCUGUCCCAUACGGUUUGUCAAGCCUGAACAACAGCCCUCUCGACCCCAACGGCGCCGAUUUCCCCUGCAAACAGCGAACUGGUGUCUACGACCUCCAAGGUGCCAGCAAUGUGUAUGCCCAGGGCAGCACCCAGAAGCUCUCCUUUGCUGGAACCGCUGUUCACGGUGGUGGCUCCUGCCAGGUUUCCGUCACCACUGAUGCCCAGCCCGACAAGAACUCCGUCUGGAAGGUUAUUAAGUCAAUCGAGGGUGGUUGCCCAGCCAAAGACCAGGCUGGCAACAUGGGAGACAGCGCCAGCGCCACGGAUCCUUACACAUAUGACUUCACUAUUCCCAAGGAAUUGGAGUCUGGUAACUACACUCUUGCCUGGACUUGGUUCAACAAGGUUGGCAACCGUGAGAUGUACAUGAACUGUGCUCCCUUGUCCGUCACUGGCUCGGGUGGCUCUAAGGAUUUCCUGAACACUCUUCCUGACAUGUUCGAGGGCAAUAUCUUUGGUCCAGGCGGCUGCGGAACUGCGUCCGAUACCGAUCUUUUGUUCCCCAACCCCGGAAAUGACGUUGACCAGUUCAAUGGUGCUACCUCAGCAUUCCUUGGCCCUACCAGCUGCAGCAGUGCUACCGUCGCUCCUACACCAAAGCCUUCCAAUGGUGGAGGCUCCGGCUCCGGCUCCGGAUCUUCUCCUGUCACCAGCGCUCCCGCUCAGCCCACCAAGGCACCUCAGAGCAUUCCCGGCGGUCCCGCAUCCCAGCCCGCCCCCUCCAAGCCCACCUCUGCUCCUCUGGUGAACUUGCCCGUUCAGUCCCAGGCUCCAGUUGCUACUUCUGCUGCUCCCGCUCCCGCUCCCGCCCCUACCUCCGGCUCCGGCUCCAGCCCCAGCGGUGGUUUCGCAGCUGGCACGGCUUGCUCUUCUGAGGGCCAGUGGAACUGCAUUGGAGGAUCCCAGUUCCAGCGUUGUGCCAGCGGAGCUUGGUCUCCCGCUCAGGCUCUUGCUUCUGGCACUAAAUGCCAGGCUGGUCAAUCUGACAACCUUAACAUGGUCGCCAAGCGAGGCAGCAACUCCAUGCGUCGCGCUAUUCGCAUUCGUGCUUAA